UGCCGGUCGUUCGGAUCCAACAACCCUAACAAUGGAUGCUGCGUUUUAUACGCUUGUACUGCAAGGGUGCAGCACACUGUACACCCCAGCAGGCAGCAGCUGCUCACCUCUUUGCUCACGCAGUCACGCUCCAGCCUCCAAUGGCCUCCGCUUGCGAUCGCCUCCGUUACCUCAAGGCCUUCGACGACACCAAGGCUGGCGUCAAAGGACUCAUCGACGCAGGCAUCACCACCGUCCCGGCCAUCUUCCGCCACCCGCCGGACACCCUGGCGCGGGCCCACGACGAAGACCGCUUCGCGAUCCCAGUAAUCGACCUUGCUGGAGUGACGACGGCGCCGUCCAGGCGGGCCGAGCUGGUGGCCGAGGUGAAGGCAGCCGCGGAGACCGUGGGGUUCUUCCAGGUGGUGAACCACGGCGUGCCGGGGCCGGUCAUGUCGGAGAUGCUCGCUGCGCUGCGGAGCUUCAACGAGGAGCCGGCGGAGGCAAGGCGCCCCUACUACUCGAGGGACGGGCAGAGCCGCGUGAGGUACCACAGCAACUUCGACCUGUUCCGGUCGCCGGCGGCCAACUGGCGAGACACGCUGUACCUGGACAUGGCGCCGACGGGGCCGUCGCCCGGGGAGAUCCCGGCGGCGUGCAGAGGCAUCGCGGUGGAGUUCACGAGGGAGGUGCAGAGGCUCGGCGGCACGCUCUUCGAGCUGCUGUCGGAGGCCAUGGGCCUCCACCGUGGGUUCCUGGAGCAGCACGAAGCCGGCUGCCUCGAGGGGCUGAGCGUCGUCGGCCACUACUACCCGGCGUCGCCGCAGCCGCACCUCACCAUGGGCACGUCCAGGCACACCGACCCGUCCUUCCUGACGGUGCUCCUCCAGGACAUCGGCGGCCUCCAGGUGCUCCACCGGCAACGGAACGAUGAGCAGCCGGUCUGGGUCGAGGUGCCCGCUGAGGCCGGCGCGUUCACCGUCAACGUCGGCGACUUCCUUCAGCUGCUCUCCAACGACAGGUUCAGGAGCGUGGAGCACCGUGUCCUCUCCAAGAGCGUGGGGCCUCGAGUCUCCGUGGCCUGCUUCUUCCGGCCGCAUGGCGCGGCUGCAGCUGCCAGGGUGUGCGCCCCCAUCCUCGUCGGCGACGGCGCCGCGAGUCCUCCAAGGUACAGGAGCGUCACAGUGGAGGAGUUGAUCGUCCACUACAGGGACAAGGCUCUCGAUGGCACCUCCAUGCUUGACCACUACAGGAUCUGAUAUCGAUCUAUCAAAGGCUACUCGAUUGAAUAAAUUCUGUUAUCACGGCA